AUUUAUACUCCUCUCUCCACCUUCUACCUCGCUCUUGAUAAAAAAAAAAAUAGAAAAAAAAAACUCAUUCACGUACAUUCAUAUUCAUAUUCACAUUCACGUUCACAUGUUCAUUGUGUUCUGUCAUUGAACGUUUUUAAAAGAAAAAAUUGCCUUGACAAAGAAAAAAAAAAAAUGAAACUGUCACACAGUGUCCUCUCGUUUCCUUUUCUUCCUUCCACUCGUCGUCAACGCUUUCGGCGGCAACUACUUCGUAUGAAGUCCUCUAUUCAACAUACUCUCUUUCCCCCCUUUAUCUUAUCCACUUCAUCCAAACUAUGUCUGCUAUUAAUGCGCGCUGUAAAGGCUCUUAUCGAUACAACAGCAACGAUAACAAGUUCGAUGGAGAUUGCAGAUGCUACUGUUCCUGCUACAGAUUGUAUGGGUCCCAACAACACCAAUAUCAAUAAUAUGACUUGUUACAAAAACACACAUAUAGUAGAUACCCAAGACCCCAAUGAUGAUCAAGAUUAUGAUAAUGGUCCGAUUCUCUGCCAGGAUCAACUCUGUGUAGCAGCCAAUUUCUUGCCUCUACCUUCGCCUGGAUCAGGCAAGAUGAGUCGAAGCAGUAGCUCGGAUUGUCUGAUAGGCAACUAUUACUCACUCUUUGGAUCAAUACCAAGUACACUCAGUCUUGUCACUUUGCCCAGGUUGGAUUGUCGACCACCGUUUGUAUGUCAAAGGACGGGCUUGGAUCAGCUGUACGGGAUUUGUGUCGAUGCUGUUGUAGCAAUGGAUAAUCGCGAUUCCAUAGCAGAGUCUAUUAUUACCCAAAGCAGUGAUAUCUUUGUGAACAACAACAGCCGCAAUAACCGAUGGCGUUGGCGAUGGGGCGUGCCUUCACUCAAUAAUAAUAGCAACACGGGGUUUAUGUUUACUAGAUGUUUUGGUCCUGGAGGAGCUACUCUCUAUCCAGAAAUGGAAACCGCCCCCAUGUAUCAGAAUGGACCUGAUCUUCCGAUCCAACGACACAGAGACUUACUCGACCAAGAUCUGCAUCUGGCACAACAGCAACAAUCAGUUGAACCAGAAAUGCCACCACUAACUCUGGUCAAGGCGUUUGAUCAAGAGAAUGCCCAGGCAAGUUGCGCAUGUAGUACUGCGCACAAUGAGGAACAACCAUCUGUCUUCUGUAAAUAUAACAUCUGUACAUAUUCUCAAAAUAUAAUUUUAACCCAUCAUUUAGAAUAA